CGGUCAUAGAGAAAAUCUAACUUUUAUUUCGCCGACUGCUCUCUUAACGCGAUCUUAUUUUCCUAUGAUUUAUAGUUAAUUUUUUUAUGCAUUUAUUUUAAAUCCUUAAUCAUAGUGAUUAUUGUAUAAUUUCACUGCAGCUAUAUUAAUAAUUGUUUUCAUAUGACCUGAUCUGCAGCAGUCAUCUAAACAGACGCCCUUUUUCAUAAUCUUAUUAUUGAUCGUUUAUUGUUGCGUGUUUGUUGUGACUAUCACUGCUCCUAGCAACGAAAGAGAAGCCGUAGCCAUAGUCACCAUGAACGCCUUUUUACGUCAACAAUUCAGAUAAUUAUCUAUGGCGACUUCUGUUAGGAGUGGAAUCAAAAUAGAUGGGUCAGCUGGCCCAGGCUCUCAAAUCAGCACUAUCACAGUGGUAACUGCUGGUGGGGUUGGCCAAACACUUGUUGUACAACCUGUACAACAAGCUUCUGUAGUUCGAGCUUCAAUUGAACAAAAUGUUACUAAUAAUAGACAGUUGGAUACAACAAUGUUGUGUGGUAGCCCAGUACAUGAUGAUGGAUCUGAUAAGUCUUUAGAUGAUGAAGAACACCAUUUAGAACACAAAGAUCGAAAUCCUACAGUUACUGUUGAUAAUGGACAUUAUAUAGUUGCAGCUUCAGAAGGAUCACAAGGAAGAUCUUAUGCUUCUUUGACACCAGUACCAACAUUAGUUCCUGAAACUGAAACAGUGGGUUCUGAGGAUGUUAGUCAUUCUACAUAUGUUCAGUAUGUAGAAGGAACAGCAGGUGAUCAAGCAAUAUUCACCAAUGGCCAAAUGGCUUAUCCAGUUUAUACUGUAGGAGAAAGUGGAACCAUGUACCAAACAGGUCAAACUCAUUAUUAUACCCCAAGUACAAAUUCAUAUUCUCAGGUUACAAACACGUUAGGACAGCCUACAUGUCAAGCACAAAUAAUUGGAAAUGGAACUUAUAUAAUACAACAAAAUGUAGACAAUGAUCAUACAAUUAUCACUACAGCUCAAAGAGAUAGUCCAAAUUCAGCUAUAUCCUCGGAUGUUUCUUAUCUUACGGUUAAUACCACCGAUUCUAACCCAACAAGUGCUAAUUUAGAUCAAAUAAAUGGUGUCGAGUCUGAUGGAGGGAUGCAAAGUAGUGGUCUUAUGCACGCUAACAGAAUAUCUCCUGCAACUGUUAAUUGGUUAAUGGAAAAUUAUGAAAUGGCUGAAGGAGUCUCAUUACCUCGUUCAACAUUAUAUAAUCAUUAUUUAACACAUUGUUCAGAAACAAAAAUUGAUCCUGUAAAUGCAGCUUCUUUUGGUAAACUUAUACGUUCUGUUUUUAUGGGUUUACGUACCAGACGUUUAGGAACUAGAGGGAAUUCUAAAUACCAUUACUAUGGAAUUAGAAUAAAAGCCAGUUCUUUAUUAAAUGACUUUUCAACUGAUGAUAAUGUAUCUGGAAGAACCACUCAGAGUACUACUUCAAAAAAAAUUAAAUUUAUUAAAACAGAAGAGCGUAGUUGCAAUCAAUAUGCUGGUAAUAGCUCAGAUUCAACAAAUUAUUCACAAAAUAGUAUACCUUCUUCGCCACAAGCUCAAAAUCAAGAAUAUUUAGGCGAUGGUGCAAAUGCUGUACCUGAAUUUCCUGAUAUCAUAUUGGAUGAACUGCAAUUAGAUGAUAAUUGUACUCUUGAAGAUGUUGAUACAUUUAAAAAUCUUUAUAGAGAACAUUAUGAAGCUUUUUUGGGUGCUAUAUUAAACUUAGAAUUUGGUACUGUUGAAUCACUUUGGCGAGAAUUUUGGCGUAGUCAAGAUAAUAAUAAUGAUGAAUGCGAAGAAGAAAAAUAUUUAUCCAAAGAAAAAUUGUAUUCCUUAUCAAAAUGUAAAACAUUACAACUAUUUGUGAAAACUGUUGAUUUUCUAUUUUAUCAAAAUUUAGUGAAAGUUCUAAUUCCUGAUGUUCUUAGACCAGUUCCUGGAACAUUAACUCAAGCUAUCAGAAAUUUUUCGAAAGGAUUAGAGUCAUGGCUUACUUCUGCUAUGCAAGGGUGUCCAGAAGAAAUGAUCUCAAUAAAAGUGACUGCAGUUAGUGCUUUUGCUCAAACAUUACGCCGGUAUACUUCUUUAAAUCAUCUUGCUCAGGCUGCUAGAGCUGUGUUACAAAAUUAUACUCAAAUUAAUCAAAUGCUUACUGAUUUAAAUCGUGUCGACUUCCGUAAUGUUCAAGAACAAGCUUCAUGGGUUUGCCAAUGUGAUUCUGCUUUAGUUCAACAAUUGGAGGCAGAUUUUAAACAUACAUUGCAACAGCAGAAUUCAUUAGAAGAAUGGGCAACUUGGUUAAAAAGUGUUGUAGAUAAUUGUUUAAAGCCUUACCGCGGUACACCUAAUUUUACAAAAGAAGCAAGACAAUUUUUAUUAAAAUGGUCAUUUUACAGCUCAAUGGUCAUACGAGAUUUAACAUUACGUUCAGCAGCUAGCUUUGGUUCAUUUCAUCUAAUCCGUUUACUUUAUGAUGAAUAUAUGUUUUAUUUGAUUGAACAUGAAGUAGCUUUAGUUACUGGAGAAACACCAAUUGCAGUAAUGGGAUCAGGAGAUAAAACCAUACCAACUGCAGUGUUGAUUGAUUAUGAAACAUCUUCAGAUUACACUAAUUGUAAUGGAAAACGCAUGAAAAUAAACUAGUCACCUCGUCAUAUAUUACAUAAUUUUUGGGCACAUAAUCACUUUUUUGAUAUUUAUAAUUUUUUUUUUUAUGUCUUUGUGAGCACUUUUUAAAUCAGA